UUGUCUCUACCACUCAUGGCUUCCUCCUCCUCCUCUUCAUCCUCUCCCUCCUUCUCCUCCUCCUCCUCUUCACUCAUUCCGCGUCUUUCCUCCAUCAGCAGCGGCCUGGAUGCUCCGCUGGGCUCGAACAUGGCUGUGAAUCUCGCAAAGAACAGACUGGCCCUGCUCACCGCCUACCAGGACGUCAUCGACGAGAGCACCGACACCGACUGGGCCUUGUACACGUACGAAGAUGACAGCAACGACUUGACGCUGGCAUCAUCAGGAGGGGGCGGCCUGGCAGAGAUCACGUUGACUUUUGAUCACGCCCGGGUGAUGUACGGCUUCUGCAGCCUGAAGGAGCCCAAUGCUGCCCUGCCGCGAUAUAUCCUCAUUAACUGGGUUGGAGAUGAUGUUCCCGAUGCCAGGAAGUGCGCCUGUGCUAGCCACGUGGCCACCAUUGCAGACUUCUUCCAGGGUGUGGCCGUCAUCAUCAACGCCAGCAGUCUGGACGACAUCGACCCGUCCGCCAUCGGACAGCGUCUCACCAACGGGGCGACGGUGGCGGCCAGUCCCGUCCUGAGCCGUCUGAAAACCAGAGAGGAGGAGCUCGCAGACGUGAAGGGCGCGGUAUACCAAAAGACCAACGCAGAGGUGGAGAUGAAGAAAAUCAAUCGAGAAGAAUUCUGGGAGCAGGCCAAGCGCGAGGAGGAGCUGAGGAAGGAGGAGGAGAGGAAGAAGCUGUCCGAGGAGCGUCAGCGUUUCGAGGAGGAACGAAUGGAGCUGGAGCGGAAAGAGCAGGAGAACCGAGAGAGGAGGUACCACGAGCGAGAGAGGCAGAUCGAAGAGCACAGGAAGAAGCUACAAGAAGAAGAGGAGGCCAAAGACAGGUUGCAGACUCAGACCACCUUACCUGCAGAGCUGAGCAUCGAUGACCUCAGCCUGGACAAGAAGGAGUCUGAAGUGGAGGUUCAGGAGGCGAAAGCCAUCAUAGCUCAGCGGUCAGGAAACCCCCGCGAGUUCUUCAAGCAGAAGGAACGAGCCAUGACCAUCAGUGUCGACACCUCACCUGUCACUAUCCACCGCGCCGGCCGCUUGGACAGCCCCUUCUUGAGACAGCAGCACAGUCCCAGCAGCCCCACUUCGACUCCCCCGCCCAGGGGUGCGUCACCCCUGCGCACCAGCGCGCCACACGCACGGACGCACCGCGCCGCCGGGGACAACGACGAGCAAGCCAGCGGGGAGCGCAAUGUGGCCGCCGUCUCGCCCAUCCCCAAAAUCGUCACCACGCCCAUCAAGGAGGACGCCAAGAUGGAGAACGACUUCGCAUUUGACUGGGAGCCAAAGCAGGAGCAGAAAGCUCCGGUCCAGGAGUCCAGCACCGCCAAGCCGGUACAGAGCGUGGCCCCCCGGGCCCGCGAGCCCGCCGCCUUCUCCGCGUGGGAUUCGACUACAGACGGCCUGGCGGACGUGUGGGACGCCGCCCCCCCGGCCGAGCCCCCCCGCGCCUCUUCCAAUCUGGUGGACCUGAUGGGCGACCCGCCUCCCGGGGACCUCGUGGACGGCGCCGGCGGCGGUCGCUCGCAGCCGCUCCUCAGCUUCGACGACGUGAUGGACGGCGGCCUGUGCUCGGCGGCCGACGACGACCCGACCAGCCUGGUGGACGUCGACGCCGCCGAGCAGAUGACGCUUAGCUAUCAGCAUGCGCUGCAGCACGCCACCAGUGACGGUCAGACGCUCAUGACCAAUGGCGAGAUGCUGAUGAAGGAAGCAACUCAGGCAAGUGAAGGCUACUUCAGCCAAUCGCAGGAGGAGGAAUUCGCCCAAUCAGAGCAGGGCUCGGCAAAACCCGCACCUGUCUUUUAUAACAAGCCACCAGAGAUUGACAUCACGUGCUGGGACGCCGACCCCGUGGCGGACGACGACGACGACUAGCCGGCCGGCAAAUCGGGGGCCAAAAGGCUGAAAAUGAGCAAGUGCGCUUCAUAAAAAGAAACCGAUUUUUCUAUGAAAAAAAAUACAAGAAAAAAAUGUAAAAACACAAGGAAACAAAGGAAAAGGUCUGGAACGAAAACGACGUGUGUAUCUUUUUUUUUUUUUUUUUUUGAGCAAAAUAACAGUAGCUGAGCAAGCGGGUGUUUCGCUAUAAGACUUUUUUCUGUGUGUUUAUUUAUUUCUUUUUUCUUUUUUUUGCUAUGCAGAUGUAAUAACCAGGAUGUUCAUGAGAUAGCUCAGUGCUAUGUAAAGCUAUUUGAGCAUUUAUUCACUAUCCAGUUUAAGGUCCACAUACUAGUACACCUUUUUCUCACUAGCAAAGACGACUGAAUUGUACUUGUAUCGGGUUGUUGUUUUUUUUUUCCACUACUUUCAAUUUAUCAGUGUGUAAUUAAACCUGCGCUAUACUCACAAAAGUGACUCGAAGGCAUUUCUGCUUACUAGUUGGACAAUUGCAGGUGAGGCGACACUGCACUAGUAGACACUUACUAGUGGAGACAAAGAGUGGACUAGUAGGUGGACCUCAUGAAAAUCAAGGAUGCGCUCUUUGUUGAACACGUUAGUGUUUGACAACUGCCUGCUACUAGUGCAUCUAGUAAGAUGAUCAAAUUUUACUAGUUAACAUCUAGAGCUUGACGAUAAUAUUUGAGCAUUUAUUCAAUAUUGGAUAAAUGGUCUUCAGCUGCCUUUCUUCUCAUUUUGUCCGAGUUGCUUAAUCUUGUAUUUAGUCAGCCUGAGGCUAAAUAUUUAUUUAUCUAUCGCAUGGAAAGCAAAAUAUCAUUUUUUUUUUUUUAUUUUGCGGCUAUAAGCGUCUCAAUUUCGGUGCAUUUUUCUCUUUAAGCAGCGUCGGACUCAAUUGUGAAGUUUGCCCUUUUUUUUUAUGUAUUUACAGAUAAAAAAAAAACAAAGCAUCCUGAUGAUUAUACUGUAGAUAUUUUUCCAGGUUUUUAGAAGAUUUUUUUUUUUUAAUAGCAAUGAACAUGUUGCACAGUAACAGAAAUAGUUUGGACAUGUUGAUUUGAAUUUGAUCAAACCGUUAAAUGGGUUGAAAAUUCAAAGACAACCAAAUAUCAAAAACAAAAUGUGCUACAAUUGACAUUCAGAACACUUUUGAAAUAUUGGCAACAACGUUGUUUUAGUCUCUCUUUUUUUGCUGUAUAAAAACUGUAGAAAAUUUAAACUAGGCAAUAACAAUAAUAUUAAUGUUAAUACUCCAUGUGUGUGCGUGACAUCAUCGGGCUCCUUGUGACGCUCACGUCAACAUCAGUUCAUAAGUAUGCAACUUUUACUUUGCUGUUUUAGUUCAUUGUUAUGUUUUUUUGAACUGAUUUUUAAUCUUACAAAAGAUUUGUAAAGUCGUUAUGCGAGGAAAAAGUCCUAAAAUCACAAGGAAUAUGAGUUGAAAUUACAACCUUAUCAUAGAAUACUUUCAUGUAAUAUUCCUCUUAGUGCUACCACUCAAUUUUAGGACUUUUUCCCCUACAAAAAUAAAAACCUGAUUUUGACUUUACAAUUUUAGUGUAUUCAAAUCUGGUCGUGAAAAGAAAUGUUUAAUUUAUUUGGGCCUUAUGGGCAAUGAGAAGAGUUCAAAUAAUAAAGUAAUAAUGCCAUUAAAUUAGAAUUUGAAUUGAAAUUGCUUUUCUUUUCCUCUGAGGAUGCCUUUAAUCUCUCUCUGUCGCACACACACACACACACACACACACACACACACACACACACACACACACACACACACAAUGUUUUACUCCACUUUGAAAGGUUGGAGCUGCUGGUAGUUUUCAUGAUAUCACGGAUGGACAGCUGUUUGAAUAAUCGACUUAACAUGUAAGCAACCUACAAUAGACGUCAUGUUUUUUCAUUUGUCACAAUCUGUUCUCAAAAAAUGUCCAGCCUUGCAUUCAAAUUAAAAUUGUUUUCUAAAGGUGCAA